AUGUUCGGGCUCGAGUACCCCCUGAGGACGACGGUCGUGCCUUGGCUGCGGUCAGAGCGCACGCGCGACGGCGUUUCUUCCGCUCUCGAGGGGAGACUUUCGGGUAUGACCAAAAGGGACGAGCUGUCGGGAGGGGUGGGGGUACGACGUCACGAAGCGGGGGCACGGGGGUGGGCUGGAUGGUGA